AAUGGACAAGGAAAAUUAUUUCCAAAAAUAUUCUUUAUGCGAUAAUUCAUUGAACAGGUUAAAGCCAAUGGCAGACCAUGUGGCAAAUAAUCACUCUGGGAUGAAAGAUGCAUGGCGGAUGAUAAACUUGGAGGUGGAGGUGGAGACAGGAGCCUAACUUGGAUCAAGCGAGGGGAAAGAACUGAAGAACCACCAGUAUGGAAUGAAAGUGAUGAUCAUGGUGAUAAGCCAAACUCUCUUGGUACUGACAAGAAGUCUGAAGAUCCGGGAUUUUCCCAGGCAACACAAGCUGGAUUCACACAAACCCAGGGAUGGAAUUCUACUCAUGAUUUGAAUACUUCGUUAGGGAAUCUAUCAGAAUGGCUUUACGAGUCGCUAGAACGCAGCCAUGAAAUAUUAGAUGCAGAUCCAAUAAAAAAAAUUACAGAUUCUGAGCUAUCAAUUGUUAUGAAUGACUUGAGCAAAAAAAUCACUCAUAGAGGCAUCUAUAAUCUGGCCCACUUUGUGUGCGAUGCCAAAGCAGAGCUCAGUGAUAGACUCAUAGGCUCUUUAUGUAGAGAUAUGCUUCUACCCACAAUCAUCACUAAUGAAGAACCAUCUAGGUUACUAAAUGCAGCGAUAACCAGGUGUGUGGGCAAGUUUCCAGAGGAUGUAGAAAAUUUGAUUUUCGUUCCUUUAUUAAAUUUGGAUAUGAGAGAAAUGACAGCAAUUCUUAGUAUUACCAGUAAUCUGGAGAUUCAAUGGAAACGUGCAUACAUUACUGUUCUAUCCACGGUAGUCAAUCAUCUGAAGGAUUGGCAUAUUUCAAUAUUACAAGAUUUAUUGAUACCAAACUUAGACAUUUCUACCAGAGAAAAGGUUUUGCAUUUGCUAUGGAGAGCGUCUUACGACUUCUCUAGAGAUAAAAGUUAUGGGAAAUUGAUUCUGACUAUUUUAAAAACAAAUCCACCUGUAACUCCACAGCAAAAACGUUCAUUUGAAGAUAUAAACGCAGUUCAUAAUACCUUAUUUACAAAACUAAUAAAUAAGAUGUUGGAAACAUAAUUGGAGAAUUGUAAUAUUCAUUUAAUAUUUAGUUUAGGAAUUCCUUCCACUAUUGAAUAAAAGUGUUAAUUUGAUUAUGGAA